UACAAACUAAAGGGAAAGUUAUCAAGUAGGAGUAUAUUUCCCGUAUAAAUUUCUAACGUUGAUGUUCAAUAACUGGUAGACCAGAUUAGUGUGGAAACGCUAGGAUUAGAUAUGUUAUAUUUAUGAAAGAAUGUGGAGCCCUUUGGUUAGGAUGUAGAAUCAAUCAAGGUCUCAUUGAGUGGAAUAGUUGGUUUAAUAAUCUAAAGUACCUCGUCCCACUUCUUUCACAUUAGUUGGGGCAAUAUUCCUUGCCAGUCAAAGAAUAUUGCCAAUUGUUAUCAAGUGUUCUCAAGAAUAUAAUCAAGUGUUACUUUUAAUGAGCGAUACCAGCGUAGACAGAAUUGCCAAAAGUGUUAACGACAUCAGGGCAACUACACAAAAGUUUCGUUUAGUUUAGAAAUACAGCGUGGAAACAGGCCCUUCGGCAUACCGAGUCCGCGCCGACCAGCGAUCACUCGUAUAUUAGGUCUAUCUUGCACACCAGGGACAAUUUCAGAAGCCAAUUAACCUACAAACCUGCAGGUCCUUCGAAUGUGGGAGGAAACAAGAGCACCCGGAGAAAUCCCACGCGGUUACCAACGUACAAACUCCGCACAGACAGCAACGGUUGUCACUCAGGAUCGAACCCGGGUCUCAGACGCUGUGAGGUAGCAACUAUAUUCCUGCGCCACUAUGCCAGCGCUACGCCGCCCAGUUUCAACAGAGCCUGCACUUGUAACUCCGACGGUUAAUGUGCCUCGUGUGGAGCAGCACAGAAAUCAUUAUUAGUUGGCUGAAGACAGUUACUGUCCGAUCAUUUCUUUUUGAAAGUGUUGACAUGGGGGUUUGUUGUUGAUAUAACAAUGUAAUAAAAAUCAGGAUGGGCACCCGCCAACAUCCUAUUGCCCCCACGUCAAAGAAGGCACUUCGAAGUUGUUGUUGAAUAUGGGAGAAUUAAAUAACGUCAUAUUGCAAGCCAGCAAGUAUUAUUCUAUGGAUAAUUGGGAGCGAGAAAAACAAUGAUCAUCUAUUUUAUAAUACUGAUGGCGAAUCAUAGAAUAUCUGCCGCACAGGAGGCCAUUUAUCCAUCUCCGUCACUUAGCUUGAAAUCGGUAAUGGUCUGUGGAAGUGCACCACAUGAUCCGUUUGUUUCUCCAACACACACUGUUUAAAAAACAUAUAUUGAGUAUUUCCUUCCCCAGUACAUGGCCUUACAUUCCACUGGUUUAAAUUUCCUCUGUUACUUUUCUAUCUAACAGAACGGCAAUCUAAUGUACCCUUCUCGGUGUCAGACACACGGCCAACUUUACAUCAUUUAGAAAUCUCUACAUUUCACCCUGAUUUGAAAGUGAACGGAAACAUCGUUUCCGUUAUAAAAAAAACUACCUGUUUAUUUCUGCCUCGCAUUAAUGUAGGCUAUGACUAACCAGGAAAGGGGAUUUUGCAGAUAUAUUUUGUCAUCUUGGUGUUAUGAAAGACAGUGAUUUUCCCCCCGUGCAUUGCGCCAAGAUUUAAUCUUGCCUAUGGGAUCUUAUGGGCGGGGUGGCGUGAUAGGUUUAUCAUUCAAAAAUACACAAAGUGCUGGAGUUACUCAGCGGAUCAAGCAGCAUCUCUGGAGAACUAGGAUAAGUAACGUGUCGGGUCGAGACCUCAGUAUUAUAGCGCAAUAAACACAUAAGCAGUGUCAUAUUGCUUUGUCCUUAAUAUGCUUUGGCGUACGAUGUUUAUUAAGAUUUCCUCCAAAUGCGUGACGUUUGCUCACACAUUUUCAGUUCCUUUUUAAAACUUGGCAAAUUGUCAACGUACUUUCUUCAGUGCAAUUACAGUUCAUGAUUUGAAACACUCAGCAAAGUUUCUGCUUUAUAAUCGCUAUGGCAGCAAAGCAGAAGCAAGAGGAACAUUUUACUUCACUUAUAACGGGAACGUACAGCUGUUGCACUCAUAUUCGUAGGCGCCAGUCAAUCAGACCGAAUGGCCCUCGAAAACCCUUCCAACGACGCCUUGCAGAAUUUAUCCAUUUGUGACAGCGAAAACUCUGUAUUAUUCAAAACCGGCUCAGAAUGGACUCGAUUGUCGAAACCGAGGAAAGGGGAAAUCAUUGGGAGGGUCACUGUCACGUUGUGUCUGAUUGGCCUGGGAGUACUCACAGUACUGUCCAUUAUUGCAUAUAUGAAGAUUUCUGUUGAUGUUAAAGAACUUCAAGAUUCAUUUAAAAGCGUCAAUGGACAAAGCACACGCCAAGGAAAUGAUUUACAGCUCGGUGAUCACAUUAACCAAAUGCAAACUCUUAUGGAUGCCCUAAACAUGUCAACUCUCUCUGAGCUACAAAACCUUAAAGAAGAAGGUUUCCAUAUCUCAGAGAAUCUAAACGUGAUGAUUGUGUCUCUAAAUAAUGUUAAUUCUUCACUUCUAUCCAAAUUUCAAAGAAUGGAAAAAAAAGCUGUAACAGUUCUGGACAACAUUCAAACAAUGCAAGAUUCCCUCUCACAGGUCGGAUUGAAUGUGCAGACUCUGAAGGAAGCUGACAAGCAGUUUUCUCAAGUCCAAGAACAGAACUCAAAUUCCAUACAGUUAUUCAAGGAUUCCGUUUCUUUGCAACUCCAACAAGUGAUGUCACUUGUGGCAAAUUUAUCUGGCGAGAUGGAAAAGCUGGAAGAACUGAACUCAACCCUGAUGUCAAUGUUGGAGCUCAAGGACAGGAAUCACUGCCCAGAACAUUUUAUGUUAUACGGUGACAAGUGCUAUCUUUUUUCAUUGAUCGCGGACACCUUUCCAAAUGCAAAGAGAGAAUGCCAAUUAACACAAUCAUACCUCAUGGUGAUUCACAACGAGGCAGAACAGAAAUUCAUUGCGGAUCGAUUAGGUUCCAACCUUUACUGGAUUGGACUCACUGACUCAGUCAAAGAAGGUGACUGGCAUUGGGAAGAUGGUACAAGUUACUCAAGCACACCGAAAUUCUGGAAACCUGGACAACCAGACAAUUUUCAGGAUGGUGAACACUGCGCACACCUUGUUGCUGGUGGUCUGUGGAAUGAUAAUGCUUGCACCAUGCAGUAUAAAUAUAUUUGUCAAAAACUCCCUGGCUGAUGUAAUACUAAGAGAACAUUUAUGAACAUGAGCAAGCAAAGGACUUUACAAAACAAACUGAAUACAAAACGUAAAAUGUCUGAUUCUUAAUAAUAUGCUUAUUAAUCUAAUUAUCACCGUUUACAUUAUAUGCUCCACAGAGCAUUUGGUCAAACCAACGUGCUCCAUACACGCACCCUGCAAAGAUCACCUUGAAAAUUCCCAUGCAUCCUUUCCUUAAAUUAUAUUUUGCAUAAUAUGAUGUUAAUACUCAUUAUUAAUGAUGUGUCAUGAGGGCAACAAUUACACCACGGACUUACAUAUAUUUUCUUUUUUAUCAUUAAAUGUGCAUUCAAAUUAUAGCAUAAUUCGUGAGAAAAUCAUUGGACAGUAUUUUUGUGACAAAUUUCAAGGUAUUACUGAGUAUUUGAUUAUAAUAAAUCUUAUAUCUAAUAAAGGAAAUUCUUUAUCAAAGUCUCACAUCG